AUGAAGUUAUUGUGCUUAAUCAGUAUACUUGCUUUCUGCCAGGUAGGUGCGCGGCUUACUCUUCCCAAAAUAGAAGAGCUUCAGAAGGCCACAUACAAAAGCGACACAUUUGGUCUCCAGAAAGUGCGCCAGGAAGGGCCCUUGGGCUUUUUGCACACAUAUAUUUAUCACAAAAAGGGAUAUAUGCACAAUAAGCGAUUUUAUUCACCUGUAAUAGAAACAUCCUACAGCCUUGUGAAAAACCGAAAAGCAGAUAAAACAAGCCCUACAACGUUCACAUUCAUCCGAGCACCAAAUAAGGACACAGUACAUCCACUUAGUAAAAGUGCAGAUGAAGAGAGUAGCUAUUUAGAAAGCUACCAUGCAAAUCUUAUCCGAAUGUUUCCAUCGUCCACAGGGGACCUUUCAAUUGAAUCAGGCCGAUACAAUUCGCUCACUAGGUUUCUUAGAAGCAGGGAGGUGCAAAAGCAUACAUCUCACAUUCUAGCUGCUCUUUUCUUGCUUGCAAGAGGGGUACAGGUAGAGCUUAUGUGCAAUAAAGAAGAAAAAACACUUCUGCUAAAGAACAAGAAAGGGGGUGUUCUAUUCGAUAUUCCUAUGAGAAUCUCAGGAUAUUCAAACAAGAACAGCAAAAAGAAGAAGAACAUACCCCAGAAAGAGGCAGAGAUGAUUAUUAGCUUUUUCAUAGAGUGCUGUGCUAGCAGGCCUUUAUCCACACAGCAUAUACUUUCCCAGGAAAUCAGCUUAGAGGAGUUUAAUAAAGGAAAGUUUCUGGACAGCCCAGAGUUUCUCAUAGACACAUAUAUCUUUGAGUUUAUAGAGAGCGUGGAGAGUGCUAAGAAUUUUGCGAGAGCUGUUCAUGAGAUGCUAAUUGACUGUGUUGAAGAAGAGCUCUGCAUAGAGCACCAAGCCAGCUUAAAAGAAGCAGCACUCGUACUUAACCAGUGCUUUGUCUCUGUAGAAAGUGCAGAGAAAAGUGAGCUAAGCCAGCUUGAUGUACUAAAAAGCAUUCAUAACACAACACAGAAAUACAAGGUCACCCCUUUCUACGAUUCCAGCUACUUCCUUGAAUACACAGUAACUCCGUGCUACAAUCGUGAAUUGAAGAGGUUCACACACAAUCCAGUAGAGAAUUUUAGUAACUGUGUGGAAGCAGGAAUUCUCACGCUAUUCUGCUGUUUUGCAUAUGAACCCAGCACACAAAGCUAUACAACCAGCCACAUCAAAUCGCCGUCUGACGAUCUUAGGGAGUUUUUUUACAUGUACCCAGAGCCCGUGGAGAGUGCAGACAGACAGCUGCAUAUGGCAUGGGGAAGAGUGGUGUCAGAUCUAAAAGGAGGUGCUGUAUAUCUAGGCAAAGGAAAUGAGCUCGAAACAGGAAUACUUAACAUGCUGAGUGUUCUAGUGGAGGUAGCAAAUCUGCCAAAAGAGAAGCUCAACAUGCUAAUAGAAAGGGUGAAUAGCAUAACAGGCUCUGAUCAGGAUGUGUUUGCAGAUAUAAAACAAUAUACCACAGAGGUCUUUACAGUUCUGUCGUACAAUAAAUCCUUGCAAGUUAACUUUGCAGACCUAAACAAAGGAUACCUAGAGGAUGGAGGUGUAGAUGUUUUUGGCAAAAUCACCUUAGCAUACAUACACGGCGAUGUAGAGAAUGCAAUAGAAUUUAUUUUGUCCCGGAAGCACAUGAGCAUCUCUCUGCCAGCAAGCGCAAACAAUAAGGCAGAAGUCAUGGUGAAAGAAAUUCUUGAAGUACAAAAAGGAUGCAGACAGCCAUGGACCUUUUUCGAGCAUCUUCUUAUGCACUAUAUCAGCUCAACCAUCAAUAGCAUUAUGGAAGGCACUGAAAACAGAGCUGCUAUUAUAUACCAGAUCAAGAAAGUGCAUGCAGAUCCAAUCAAGAAAAGCAAUUCUUUAUUUCUACUCAAAAAGAUAGAAAACAUUGAGUACAAGAGAGAAAUUGUGUCUCGUCUUAUAAUAUACUCAAAAAUAGAAGAUCUACAUGCAUGUAAUCCGGUGGUAAGGUUUACGUCAAAUAUAAUAGGCAGCGUACCGCUAGGAGACAGGGCCACACAGAGAAAAAUGCUGGCUGCUUCUAUUUGCACGGGAAGAUGCGCUGCAUGCUACCCAAAUGUUCAGCUAGAGGAGUACGAUCUAAAUCUCAUGAUUGAGUAUACGUAUGAAGUAGUCCAGGUGUUCAACUAUAUAAUAGGCACUCAGAACCCAUCAAUGCUGCUGCACUGCUUAAAUGUGUAUAUGCGUAAAAUAGGAUACUAUUCGAUAUCAACACACAAUCCACUCACAUCAAGAUACUUAACGCAGAACAUGUUCAAGUGCCUCUUUGCAGAUAGAACCAUGAAAUAUGCAGACAAAGUGCUUGAAUUUGCCACAAAGUACUGGUCUGAGGUUCUGGACAUAGAAAGCCAGCUGUGCUUUAUAUGGUUCCACUAUGCAUGCGAGAGAUUUCCGUCUGAGAAAGAACUUCUUAAAGAUCUAUAUAAUGGCAUUCAGAACAUAGAUGACAUGCACAGCUGGUAUGGAUUUUUAAACCUUUCGCGUGCAGAUUAUUGCCGAAUAGUCUCAGUUCUGGACAGCCUUUCCUUGGAUACGCCUGAGCUAGCAAAAGAAUCUUUUAAUUUCCAACAAAUAUAUGGCAGCUGUCUCUAUUACUGUUCUGUCUCAUGA